AUGCAUCAGAUCGCUAUGAUAGCGGAUAUCGAGAAAGCUUUCCUCCAGAUCAUGGUCCACGAGAGAGAUCGUGAUGCGCUACGAUAUCUUUGGUACCGCGACGUGCCCUUUCGUGAGAUGACGUCUAACGAGCUCUGCGUUCUCAGGAUGAGUCGGGUUCCCUUCGGAACGACCGCGAGUCCUUUCCUCCUGGCUGCAACGCUGUAUCACCACUUUCGUCACAUCACUGACGAUCUAAGGGACAUCGCAAGCGACUUGUUAUCCUCAUUUUACGUGGACGACUUGGUAACAGGAGCUGAUAACGUUGAACAAGCCACGAGGAUGCAUCGUCAGGCUUUGGCAGUCAUUGAACACAGAAAAUGGGCAUCGAAUGAACCCCAGUUGAAGUCUGUGUUCAGAAAGUGUGAGACUGACGAGUCGAUACAUCAAAAGGUACUUGGAGUUCCCUGGAAUACUGAAACUGACAGCUUGAUGCCAAAUUUAGAAGCCGUGGAAACGUUUGUGGCAACUUCACCAGUAACCAAAAGGAACAUACUCCAAGGCACCGCAAGACUGUUUGACCCUUUGGGAUUCCUCAAUCCGUUUACGUUCAGGGCCCGAUCCAUGUUUCAAGACCUAUGGAAGAAAAAGGUUGGAUGGGACGAAGGUAUCCCAUGUGAUGCUCAGCAGAAGUGGAUCGAAUGGUGUAAUGAACUAUAUACAUUAUCAGCACUAGAGAUUCCCCGUUGCGUCGUUCCAGCGAAUGCAUCUGCGUUUCAAAUGCAUAUAUUUUGUAAUGCCAGUCCUCUUGGUUAUGGGGCAGUGGCUUACCUGAGAACCGCAAACACAAAGGGCGAGAUUUCAACGCAUUUAAUACUCUCAAAAACUCGUCUAGCACCUAUCAAGCAGCUCUCUCUUCCAAGACUAGAGCUUAUGGGAAUGCUUAUCGGAGCGACAAUGCUCACUUACCUGCAAAGGACACUGUAUAAACUACAGUUCGACUAUUUUAUGUGGACCGACCCCAUGAUCGCAUUGUGGUGGAUACGACGCCGGCCAACCGAAUGGAAAGUGUUCGUCAGCAAUCGAGUAAAUGAAAACCAACGUUUUACCGAAAUAUCGCAUUGGGCACACUGCCUUGGGACCGAAAACCCAGCCGACCACUUGACAAGAGGCAUUACUGCGCUAAAACUGAUUAGCAGUCAAAGCUGGUGGCAUGGGCCUAAGUGGCUAGCCGGAGACUGCGGGUGCUGGCCGAACGAUUUCGUCGAACAGGAUCCACGAACGGAUGAGGAACGCCUACAAUGUCAGGCAUUACUGCAAGUGGCGUUGCAACAAUGGUCGCCACUUCUUGAUUUGGAUGCGUUCGGCAAGUAUUCCCGUGUUUUGCGAACGACUGCCUGGAUUCUUCGAUUCAUUGCAAAUUGUCGGCAUCAGGAAGAACGGCUCACGGGUGCCUUGUCUGCAGACGAAGUACUUCAUGCGGAAACGUACUGGGUACGUACUUCGCAGGCCGCAACGUAUCCAGAUGAGGUUUAUGCACUGAGGGAGAAGCUGGAAUUUCCCACGAACUCGAAGAUCGCAAAUUUGCAGCCGUUUCUGGAUGCAACUGGUGUUCUCCGGCUUAAGGGUCGGCUUCACUAUGCGGAUGAAGUAGAACAAGUCAAGCAUCCCAUCAUCAUUUCGAAGGAGCACCGCCUGGCACACCUUAUAGCGUCUGCUUCACACAACCACACACAACAUGGAGGACUCUAG